AACUUGGCGAAGCCUUGCAAGCAAAGGAAUCAACGAAGGUUAGGAACAUUCGUCGGGCCAGUCGAGGAUGCAAAUUACUCAUCACGUACCAUGCAUUUGAAUACAUCUCACAGAGCGUCUAACCGUUCGUCUCUGAAGAUGGCCUUUCCGUACCUCGCGAAUUGCUUUUGGAUGUGGCGGAAUAGCUGCUCAGAGUCAUCCAAUGGCUGAUAAGGGAGACCCAAAAGAACGAGGAACCGGUAUUUCUUCCACGAUGGUUGCUACAAAAGAACAGAUCAGCCUCUACUGCGGGGAUCCUGCCACGCUACAUUGCCUCGAUGAGAAACGAUCUACAGAGCAAGCAAAUUUUGCCCCUUUCCGGCGUUCCAGUGAUCUGAAAGGUAUCGCAGCCAUCGAGCAGUGGGCUCUUGGUGUGACUCCUCACGAUGGAUCCGGCUACGCCGAUAUUGGUUCGUUUCUGGUAGAUCUUGUCAAGAUCUCCAUCCAUAAUCAGGUUAAAGAUCUUUCCGAUAAAAGGGUCGAAAAGGCAAAAUCGAAAUAUCCAGGCGCUAGAGGGCGAUUUCAACCAGCUCCUGCUUCGCCUUUCGUCCAAACAACACGGCGAUUGAAGCACGGUGCUUCUGCGAGACCCAGCCUAUUAGACACCUUAGUCGACUGGUAAGUUCCGGAUGUACGAUUUUUGGGACGAUAUCGACCAAGAGAUCACGGCGUCCCAUUACGGUUAGCCGAAGAGCGACAGCAGCUUGAAAACAAAGCGCGUGAUGACGGUACCUAUGUGACGGGUGCUCUGGCCAACUAUGCCCGACGGAAUCAGCAAUAAUGCGGAAGCCUCUGUCCACUAUUACAGCAUGCU